GAAUUAACCCUCGGCGGCAGCACCUUCCCUUGUAGGAUUGGCGACAUCCGCUUGGCAGGCCGGGCCCUUGUGGACGCCGUCUGCCGCAGCCACCCGCCCUCUGGGUGUUCAAGUCUCAUCCGCUCAUUCGUGCAAUAAAAAUGUGCUGAGCGCUUCCCUGCGGUGGGGUUGCGGAGGUGAGCCAAGAUGGGUGCAUACAAGUACAUCCAGGAGCUGUGGAGGAAGAAGCAGUCUGAUGUGAUGCGCUUUCUUCUGAGGGUCCGCUGCUGGCAGUACCGCCAGCUCUCUGCGCUCCACAGGGCUCCCCGCCCCACCCGGCCGGAUAAAGCGCGCAGACUGGGAUACAAGGCUAAGCAAGGUUAUGUCAUAUACAGGAUUCGUGUGCGCCGUGGUGGCCGCAAGCGCCCAGUUCCUAAGGGUGCAACCUAUGGCAAGCCUGUGCAUCAUGGUGUUAACCAGCUAAAGUUUGCUCGAAGCCUGCAGUCUGUUGCUGAGGAGCGAGCUGGACGCCACUGUGGGGCUCUAAGAGUCCUGAAUUCUUACUGGGUUGGUGAAGAUUCAACGUACAAAUUUUUUGAGGUUAUCCUCAUUGAUCCAUUCCAUAAAGCUAUCAGAAGAAAUCCUGACACCCAGUGGAUCACCAAACCAGUCCACAAGCACAGGGAGAUGCGUGGGCUGACAUCUGCUGGCCGGAAGAGCCGUGGCCUUGGAAAGGGCCAUAAGUUCCACCACACUAUUGGUGGUUCCCGCCGUGCAGCUUGGAGAAGACGCAAUACUCUCCAGCUCCACCGUUACCGCUAAUAUAAGUAAUGUUUGUAAAAUUCAUAACCUAAUAAACAAUUUAGGACAGUCA